UCGGUUGAAGAUUGAUAGGAAGGCAGUCCUGAACUUGUCUCCCAGGUCACGAUGCUGUCUGCAUCGGAUCCAUACUAUGUGGCCAAAGAGGAGGUUGCCAAGGCCAUGGACCGCUUGCGAGGCCUUCAUCAAGAUUGGAAGCGCCUCCUGCAGACAGAAGACACAGCACGGUCACAGCGCUUCCAGCAGAUGCAUCAGGAGAUCACAGGUGAGUUGGAACAGCUGGGUUUGGAUUUAGACGAUAUCCAUGCUACCAUUAGCAUGGUGGAGGGGAAUCGCAACACUUUCCAACUCAGCGACGCAGAGUUGCAGAGCCGCAAACGAUUUGUGACCGAUUCUCGAAGAACCUUGGAAGAUCUGCAGAAGGACGUCAAUGGCCCCCAAACGCGGGCAAAACUUGAGAAUGACAAGAAGGCCUUGCUUUCUUCAGCGGCUUCGAGUGCUCGUACAAGAGAAGAGCGACAGAGAAGUGCAAUGCAGGAAAACCAAGCAUUUCUGGACCGACAACGGCAACAACAGACUCAGCUGAGAGCACAACAAGACGAGGACUUAGAGAUGCUUUCGCUGAGUGCCCAGCGCCUGGGCAACACAGCGCAGAUCAUCAACGUGGAACUGAAAGAGCAGCAAAAGAUGCUGGAGGAAUUGGAUGAGGACAUUGACAAAGAAGCAGAAAAGCUGAACUUUGUCAUGAAGCGAAUGGGAAAACUUUUGAAGACCAGCGACAGCAAGCAGUUGUGCCUCAUCAUUGGCUUGUCCUGUUUGGUUGCGGUUCUGCUCUUCCUGGUGAUUAACACCUGAGUUGGCUCCAGUGCCUUGGUCGGGAGAAACUUCAAGCGGGCAGCCGUUUCGUAUCGUUUCGUGGCAUUCCUUGUGAUCAAGUUGAAAAUGGUGG